AUGGCACGAAAUGAGCGACCACGUACGAGCUUCCUGAAUCGUUUGCUACAUCUUUUCUCAAGAAAAGGUCAAGAUGAAUUUGCUGCGGGUGUUAUUGAAGCGAAAAGACUGGCGGAUCAUGUUAAAGAGAAAGGCGUUAUCGGUGACUGGAAGGUAGAAAAAGUGAUCGGAGCAGGUGCGAACGGUUUGGUGGCAUUGGUUGUUCAUAGAAAGACUGAACAAAACGCCGUUAUGAAACUCGCAAUGAAUCUCCCGUCGUCGGGUUCACUCUACUGGGAAUGCGAUGUGCUCGAACGUAUUAUGCAGCCUAAUAAUAACGAGGAUCGCACUCGGCAUUUGGUUCGUCUGGUUGACCGCGGCCAUACACUGAAUAUGGAUAAUCAAGAAGUUGGUUAUAUCGUUCUCGAGAGUCUGCCCGGUAAUCCAGUUGGGUUACUUGGUGCAUUAUCUGGUGAUGCUCUCAUCUCGAAAGUUGCUGAAUUUGGUCUUCAAUUACUGAAGGCUCUGUACGAUCUGCAUUACCUCGGUUUCGUACAUCGUGAUGUAAAGCCCGAGAAUAUCGGUCUGUAUCAUGAUGAAGUAUUGGUGCUUUAUGACCUGGGUCUGGCAAGAUUUUUUACAACUAAAGAAGGCAACGUUCGUGGACCUCGCAGUAAUAUCGUUAUGUGUGGUACGGACGAAUGGGCGAGUCUUAAUGCUGAGCUGGGCAGAGAUCAGGGUCGCGUAGAUGAUCUAUGGGGAUGGUUUUAUGUUCUAAUUGAAUGGAUGAACUGCACCUCAAAGUAUCCGCUCUGUUGGUCACCAUUCGAAGAUGAAGCAGACGUGAGGCAUUUCUGUAAAUCUAGCUUAUUUCCCGCAAAAUACGUUCUCCGCAAUUGUCCGCCAGAAUUCUACACAAUUCAGAGUUAUUUACGAUGUCUGAGCCGUGAUGAAUCACCGGAUUAUUUGUAUUUGGCACGCCUGCUUCUACAGACUAAGAGACGAGCUGACGGAGCUUCCAUACCCGUAACUCCACCAGCAAUCAACGAAGACGAUGAGAAAUGGGAGCGACGAAUCAAAUGCCUGGAAAUGCUAUACAAUUGA